UAAUCUUAAUAUGUUAAAUUUAAAACAGUUUUUAGUGUAUUUUUGGGCUAUUGCAGUAUUGAAUGAAUAAUGGCGGACGGGAGUCAAAGUGAUGUCACAGCAAAAGCAAAAAGACAACAACCUGAUUGGUCACCUCCAACUCAAGAUGACCAACCCCGAUUAAAAUUAUAUAACAGCUUGACAAGACGAAAAGAGGUAUUCGUUCCACAGUUUGGAAACCGAGUUCUUUGGUACUGCUGUGGUCCUACUGUUUACGAUGCAUCUCAUAUGGGCCAUGCUCGUUCAUACAUCUCGUUCGAUAUUUUACGUAGAAUAUUGUCCGACUACUUCGGAUACGAUGUGUUAUAUUGCAUGAACGUCACGGAUAUUGAUGAUAAAAUUAUUAAACGCGCCAGACAGAAUCAUUUGUUAAAAGAAUACCAACAGAGGGCCACAGAAUUGAAAAAAGUAAUUGAAGACGCUAAAAAUGCUUUAAAAAUAUACAAAUCGAAACUUGAUGACACAACCGAUCCUGACAAGAAAACUAUGCUCAUAAAAAUAAUAGAAACUGCUGAAAAAAGCUUAUUACCUGCUGAAGAAAAAUCAAAAAUAGAGAGCGGCGAUACCUCGUCUACAAAACAAGAAAUUGAAUCGUUAAUUCAAGACUGUAAAGAUCCUCUUGCUGAAUGGCUCGACGCGCAAUUUGGAGGUUUCAUAACUGACAAUUCAAUCUUCUCUGAACUACCAAGGUACUGGGAAAAAGAAUACUUUAAAGACAUGGAGGCCCUCAACGUGGCUCCUGCAGACGUUUUAACCCGCGUUAGCGAAUAUAUUCCGGAAAAUAUUGAAUUUGUUGCGAAAAUUAUUGAAAACGGUUUCGCCUACGAAGCUAAUGGUUCAGUGUAUUUCUCUGUGUCAGAUUUUGACAACUCUAAAGAACAUUUCUACGCGAAAUUAGUUCCAGAAGCUUUUGGCGAUCAAAAAGCUUUACAAGAAGGCGAAGGAGACUUAAGUUUGUCUUUAGGAGGGAAACGAUCACAAAAUGAUUUUGCGUUAUGGAAAGCCUCAAAACCCGGGGAACCUGCAUGGGACUCACCCUGGGGAAAAGGGCGCCCAGGUUGGCAUGUCGAAUGCUCAGUAAUGGCGUCAUGCAUUCUUGGCGGGUCUAUGGACAUUCACACAGGAGGAGUUGAUUUACGAUUUCCGCAUCAUGACAACGAGUUAGCGCAGUCAGAAGCGUAUCACAAUAACUCACACUGGGUGAGAUAUUUCCUGCACUCAGGGCACUUGACUAUACAAGGAUGUAAAAUGUCGAAAUCAUUAAAGAAUUUUAUUACUAUAAAAGAUGCGCUGAAGAAAAACACGGCUCGACAACUUCGAUUUGCGUUUUUAUUGCACUCUUGGAAGGAUACGCUCGAUUAUUCUAGCAAUACUAUGUCAGACGCCAUGCAGUAUGAAAAACAUCUCAGCGAGUUCUUCUUGAAUAUUAAAAAUAUUUUGCGAGGGACUUCGUUUACUGAACCGGAAAAUUUUAAAAAGUGGGAGGAGGAGGAGGUUGCGCUGAAUAAAAAUUUUAAUCAGCAUCAACAGAAUGUUCAUGCCGCGUUAUGCGAUAAUGUCGAUACUCGUACUGCAAUGCAUACUAUAAAACAACUUGCGACAACGACAAACACGUACAUUGCGAAAAAGAGAGAAAUAAAAAUGGUCCCGGAUGGUUGGUUACUGAAAACUAUUGCAAAAUAUGUCACAAAAUUGAUGAGAAUUUUUGGUGCAAUUGAAGGUGGUAACGUGGAUUCAAUCGGAUUUCCGUUGGAAACUAGCGGUUCCGCUUCAAGCGAUUUAGAAGAAACUGUUAUGCCGUAUUUAACAGCAUUUGCAGAUUUUCGCGAAAAUGUUCGAAAGAUUGCUAGGGAGCAUAAAGUCACUGAAGCGUUAAAAUUAUGCGAUCAAGUGCGAGAUGAUGUUCUUCCAGAACUCGGAGUGAGACUCGAAGAUUUAGAUAAUUCGGAAACAGUUGUGAAACUUGUUGACAGGGAACAACUCAUGCGUGAAAAAGAAGAAAAACUGAAGAUCGAAGAAAUGAAACGUAAGAAAAAGGAAGAGGCUGCAAAGAAAAAGGCUGAACAAGAAGCCGCGAAACUAGCAAAGAGCAAAAUUUCUCCGACAGAAAUGUUUUUGGGUGAAACAGAUAAAUAUUCUGAAUUUGAUGAAGAUGGUUUCCCAUUAGUAACGACAGAUGGAAAUGAACUCAGUAAAGGACAGAUUAAAAAGUUGAAAAAAGUAUAUGACACUCAAAAGAAAUUGCAUGACUCGUAUCUUGCGACUCUGCAAAAUGGAGCAAAAUAGGACUAGAGUGAAUCUAAUUUGAAUAGUAAGUGUGGAUAUUUUGAAAAGAGCACGCUCCCCCCCUCUCCCCCCUAAUCAGACUGAAACAUUUUGAGAAAAAAUAGUCCCUCUCCUCCCACUAAACUGUCCCAAAUAAAUUUGUAGUCUCGUACAGCAUAUGGGAUUUUUAGCAGGGUUUAUUCCGUCCACAACUUUAUUCUGAGAUAAGUCUUUGCUUCUGAUUGAGUGCACUUAGAGCAGAUUUUGUAAAACAUGUGAUUCAUUUCUACUCCAAAUGUCUAUGCUCAGGUGCUAGUUAUAUAUUAAUAUGGUUACUGGUGAAUAGCAGUUUAUUUUAUGCUUACUACUAGAAAACAUUUUUCAAAAAAUCCUAGUUUAUAUAUUUGUUAAAAUAGCUUGACUUAUUAGUUUCAAAAUUUUAAAAAUGGCAGCUAAACUGUCUAAACCAAAUUGUACCCUAAAUUUAAGUUAUUGUUGAUAACAGAUUUUGUUUUAAAUAGUUAUGAAUGAAUUGCUACGCAAAAUAUUUCCCCUUGAUGUUGUUAUCUUCCAUUGACUCUGCAUUUGAGCUGUAUUAAUUAGGAAUUUGGUGAAUUUAUUCAAACUUGCUGAAACUCGAUCGGGUGAGACUGCUUGGGUGCCCCCCCCCUUGGGUGCCCCUUCUUUUCAGUUCAAAUCCCGCCAAAAAUAUAGUGGAUCCUUGCAUAUCAGUGAAAGUCGCUAUGAAAAAUUGGCAUAAUAUAUUUAUCAUUCCUUUUCUAUUUCUUGUUAAUUUUUAGAAAAAUUUAAAUCUCAUCCUGACAUAUAUGUAGUUUACAUUUUGCAAUUUUUUGUCAUCGUAUAUCUUCCUAUAACACAGGGUUUCCCAACCUUUUAUGGUUCGUGGCCCACUCCCAUAUGCUUUUAGCACUCAUGGCCCCCCCUGUCCAUCAUUACAGUUGUAUUUAUAGUGCUAUUUUAUUGAUUUGUAAAUUCCGAAUCUCAUUAGGUUCAAACAAUUCAUGCUCAACAAAGUGAUAUAACCUUAAAGCAAUGUAACUGAACAGGAAAUUUUCUUGUAAGGGGAAAUCAGUUUUUUUUUUCCCAGCCUGGAGGGGGGGGGGGGGCUCCAACUGUUCUGUGGCCCCAGGUUGGAAACCACUGCUAUAACACAAGGCUAUAGUAAAAUCAAUUUAGCUCAUGUCACAUUUCAAGGUUUUGAUAGAAUCACAUUUUUGGAAUAGUUUGGUUCUCACUUCUCACAGCCAAAUCUAAUAAAGGACAUAAGGCACCACCUAUCAAAACUAAAAUAGAUACAGCUUUAAAACCCAAACCAAAAGACAACCCUUGGUCUAUACUAGCAGAAAAUCAAAAAGAUCAUUUCUGACAAAUGUGUAAUAAGUUACUUUGGGUUUAAGCUAAUCCUCACGAUCUGACGCAUGCGCGACGUUUCAGACGUUUUGACGUUACGAGAGACCUCUUGAAAGAGGUGUUUUAGUUUACGGUCCUCCAGUGACAUCUAGCGUAUAGUACUCUAAAAGACCUUUCCAAUGGUAUAUAAUUAUUGUAUAUUGGGUCAAUUUUGGGGGUCGUAUGACAUUAAUAAAAAUGGGUAUACAAAAUUGGGCUCGAUUGGGAGUCUGAAACAGGUUAAUGUAGCAAUAUGUUGUAUAUUUGUAAUCUUUGAAUGACAGUGGGAUAUUGUCUAUCAUGUUCUUGUGUCCUAUUUAUCAUUUUUCAUUUAUUUUACGUAAAUAGCGUUCUAGAAUGGUAUGAGGUGGUUAGGACGGCUGUAGGAAUAUUUUUAGAAAAUUUGAAUUAACAGAUAUUGAAAUGUUAAAAAUAGUAAUUUAUUCAGUUUUAUCAAUUUCAAAUCUUUCGUAGUUACAUAUUUCAUAGUUUGUGUAUACAAUAUUUAUGUACUGACUAGAACAGGGGACGGCAGCCUUUUGUCGCUCGCAAAAUUAAGGGUUGCAAGUCUUGGUGUGCCGCACAUAUUUUUUAGAAAGUUAAAAAUUGAACAGAUGGCUAUUGAAUCAUAAUUUUUCCACACCGAUUAAAAAAUUACAAAUGACAUUUAAUGUGAUACUGUCUUGAUUUGCAUCACGUUUGAUAGCUUUUCGACAUCGUCGCCCACCUCUGGGCUAGAAUAUCAAUUCAUUGCCUGGGCAUUUCAAACCGAAUCAAACAGUACAUUUUACUAAUCGGCGGAAAUUUCAUUUUACUGGAUCUCAAGACCAUUAUUGCUUGAAUAUAAUAAUUAUGCUGCCAUAUGCAUCAAUGAAAAUUUGCAUAAUUUGAUUGUUUCAUUAUUUUGCUAAUUCAUGAUAGAUUUCCCGCAUUUAUUAAUAUUAAUAAGUUUGAAUCUUCUAUGUAAUUCAAGAUUCUUGUUGCAUACUAGCACAAUUGUAUUUAUGUAAUAUCACGUCUGGUGUCAGGCCUAUGUCGAUCGGAAUAAUCUGAGGAGACCAGACAAAACAUUACAGAAAUAUAUUUGUGUUUUACUGGAAAGCAAUACUAAAUUACUAACCGUAUACCAAUUACGCUGCAAAAUGCAUCCAUAAAAAUUUGAACAUUCUGAUUCAGAAUCAAGUUGAACUUGCGAACAUACAUAUUUUAUCUAUGGCCAUACUUCGCUGAACAUUGUUUUCCAUAAUUGAUUUGACAUAAUAGUUUAGCCUCAGGCCAUGACUGGCUGCAAAUUUUCUUUUUACAUUUAAGUUUCAUUAUUAUUGAUCUGAGCAUUGUACAGUUAUAUUUAGCAUAUAUAUGAGAAGCAGUGACACCCAUAUCUGGUUAGUUGGGUAUUCUAGGUUUUGAUGUAAUAAGGUAUUCAGUCGAGGGACCUAACCGAAAACGCUAAAUUUGUGGAAAUUUUGCUAAAUUGUUUUGUAGAAAUGAGAAAAAUGUAUAUUUUUGAAUUCCAAACUAUUUUUAUUGAAAUAAUUUGGUGAAUAUAAGUUCAAAGUAUGAUUAGAUAGCUUCUUAAAGAGCUCUUAUUUUUUUGCAAUAUUUCCAAAUAAAUUUUGCAUUUUUGUUUGUUUAAAUUUACAUUUGCCGACUUGUAUUAAAACCCUCUCGUUGGGUUUUAGUGUUGCCUCAAUGCCAUAUAGUAUUUUUAUUCCACAUUCUAUAUUUCCAGUAUGAUAAACUGUCCCUUCGUUAAAUAUGGCCCAAUUCAGAAAACUGUAUGUUCAAUAUUUCAGAGUAUUUCGUGAAAUUUAACAAAAUGCAAAAACUCUCCAAAAUACAUUGUUAUUUAAAAUAUUCAAAUUUGAAUUAGAUUGAAUUCAUGUUUUCAAAAUCGGGAAUACCACACUAUCCAGAUAUGGACCUGAAGUGUAAACUUACUAUACCUUAUUGUGGUGUUACAUUAACUAUUAUAUGCU